ACUUCGACCGCCGCCGCCACCGCCACCGCCACCGCGACGCAGCGGGACACUUUCCGCUUCGGGGGCCCUAUGACCCACAGCUACCGGACCACUGCCCGGAGCCGUGUUACCCAGAAAAUAAGGGUAACAAUGGAGGAUGAGGAUGACAUUGUGGCCGCAGCCGACCGCAUGGCAGGCCCGGCUGCUGCCGAGCUCUUGGCCUCCACGGUGUCCACAGGUAGCCGGUCGCGUUUGGCGGAGGAGGAGGAUGGGUCUUUGGAAGAAGGAGUAGUAAUUUACACCAGAAAGAAUGACACUGGCUCGGAGACUUCCAGUACGAUUCCCACCCGAGGGUUUGCAGCGAAUGGCCAUGAUCCUGAAAACACUAUGAGUUCCAGCCAGCCGCCCUCCACUGGGAAGACCGCUGCGGAUCAGCCGUUCUCCGACGGCACCCGGAGCCAAUGGUCAACAGCAAGGUCCUCCUCGAACCCGUGGCCACCGCCCUCGCCCACAGCCAUGCCAGCUCCCGAGGAUCUGCAGCUGGUGCUGGGGCCCUGGGGCCCGUGGCACUGCCACUGCAAGUCAGGCACCAUGAGCCGGAGCCGGGGCGGGAAGCUGCACGGCCUUUCCGGGCGCCUCCGCGUUGGGGCCCUGAGCCAACUCCACACUGAGCACCGACCUUGCACCUACCACAUAUGCCCCUGCAACCGGCAACGGGAGGAGUGCCCCCUGGACGCAGGUCUCUGUCCUGACACCAGCUGCACCACUCAGACCACCACUAAGGCCACCACCACCACCACCACCACCCCCAUUCCUCCCCUGGUCACCAGACUCAGACCCACCCCCUUCAUCCCCAGCCCCAGCCCCAGGUACAGCUCAGCCCUUGCUUUUUGGAAACGGGUCAGGAUUGGGCUGGAGGAUAUUUGGAACAGCCUCUCUUCAGUGUUCACAGAGAUGCAACCAAUAAACAGAAAUCAGAGGUAAUGGCCACUUCGUCCACAAGAGGAGGUGUCAGCAUCUCUACCUCUCCUCCCCUUUCAAUCCCAGCACCCACUGGAUAUUUUUAGUACAAAAAACAAAACUAGGAAAAACAAAACCAAAAACA